AAUAGAAACUGCGGAGCCACUUUUAACAAACUGUUCACUGAAAUGAACUAAAAAUAGUCCAGAUUGAACUUGUACAGACUCACCAUGGAUUUUGCACGCUGUCAAGUCCAUAGUUCUGGUAAUUGUGUGUAAUAUUUGGACAUUUUUUGACUGACUGGGACAAAUGCAGCUCAAGACAGCCUCAGGGAAGUCCGGCUGGUGCCAUGUGACUCCUCCGCUGAACCCGAGCCCCGUACGGUAUGUCAGCCGUCAUGUGGAGCCCGCACACCGUUAUGAAGAGUGCGUCGGCCCUGGUGCGACCGAGAUCUACAUCCCCACAGAUGACCCUCCUCCUUACUCCCUAUUGGACCCAUGCCAAGAAGAGGCGGGGCAUGGGGAGGAGCCUAACCACACCCACCACAGCACCAGCACAGACAGCUCAGCCAGCACUUCCUGGUUCUCCCCCACCCCCCACUGCCUCUGGGGACAGCACAUCACCUCCCUUUCCUACCCCAUGGAGGAGGCCCCGCCCUACGAGUCCGUGCUGAUGGACUCGGGUCAGCCCCUCCCUCUUAUGCCAUGUGACCUUUACAAACACCAAUCAGAGGCCAGAGGGGAGGGCAGGGACGCACAGCUAGCAGAGACAAGUCAAAUCCUGUAGUGACUUUGCUACAUGGACGAUACGUGAAGGAGGACUGGGAUAUAGCCAGCACUGCAGUUUCUGAAGCGUUCUGAAAUUAUUCUUAUUCUAGUCUGUUUUUACAGCCUCAACUUUGACUGUUCUUUUGUAUCCUGUCAUGAACUACUGCUACAAUAAGUCUUUGUCAUAUUGUACAAGAUAGCUUUCUAGAAGUACGAAAAUUAGGAUUAAAGGUCACAUAUUAUGCUAAUUCACCUUAUGUGAGCGAGUGGAAUAAUGUUUUUUCUCCAUCAAUCAUAUACCUGCAUGUUUGGGUAAUCCUGCAAAAUCAGUGUCUCUCAAAAUGCCCUGGUUCACCUGGUGAUGUCAUUGGGUGGCUAACCAAGAAGUGAUACAUGUUUUAGUCCGAAACCCCUUCGCAAAAUCAAAGACUUCAUACACCUUCAGUGCCCAAAUUUGCCUUUACUCUUAUUUACACAGCUUAUUUCGGCCAGUA